AUGCAGAUCAAUCGAUCCACACGAAGACAAUCCGACUACUUUUCAGCCCCCACGCUCAACGACACCAUGGGGAAAAGAAAUAAAAAGUUAAAAACUCACCCUGAGGACGGAUCCCGGAAAAUAGGUGAUCUUUUCCUGGCGAGGCCUAAACCUAAAAUGGCGGCGACCCCAGAUCCCCAAAGCUCAUCCUCGGAGGAGGAAACACUGGAUGCUCCAGAUCCCAUACCAGAGGCUACAGACCCCGUCUCGAGCCUAGCAAUGGGCGACCUGAGAGCUCCGGCCACCAAAGGUGACAUCCUAAUAUACUACAGAACCUGCGCACCCUAUUCCACUCAGACAUGGCGAUUUUGCAGGAGGAAGUGACCGCCGUUACUGGCAGAGUGAGAGUUGCGGAGGAAGACAUAACUGCUGUGGCAGAACGCCAGCAAGCAAUGGAGGAGAAGCUAAUACACCUCCAGUCCUCACACCAGGCACUACAGGCACGGCUGGAUGGCCUAGACGACGCAAGACGCCGCUCCAACAUAAAAAUCAGAGGCAUUGCAGACUCCAUAGACGACAAUGAAUUGCCACAACUUAACCCGACGCCUCUUAGCCACAAUUCUUAACCCUAAGCAGGCGAAGACUGUACUAGUGGAGGGCGUACACAGACUCCCCAAAUCGCCAAGAGCCCCAACGGAGGCCUCCCGCGAUGUCCUUCUCCGAUUACAGUCUACCCUGGACAAAAUGGCGGUGAUGCUCAGUGGCCAGAGCCCAUACCAAUUCGAGGGCAUGCAGUUCACCUUCCUGCAGGACCUCUGCAGAGCUACUCUGACCUGGAGACGGUCCGUGCAGCGAGUCACCACGACCCUCAGAGCGGCUGGAGUCAGGUACCGAUGGGGCCCAUCAAUGCUAGUAGUUACAAAGGGAGCAACAACUUAUCGACUGACGUCGACAGAAAACGCAGAAACUUUCCUCGGUAAAUUAGGACUUAAAGCAAUAGACUCCUCCAACCCGACUCCUAACUGCUCCUGGGACGUCCCCAACAUAAUACCAUUUGUGCCGCGCUCCGCUGCUGACACAGGCUGA